ACAAAACCCCCCUCUAAGAGUCACUCUCCUCCCUCUUCCCCACCUUCAUUCAUUCAUUCUCUUCUUUCACGCAUUUCAUCGAACACCUUUCUUCCCCAGCACUUUUCCCCUUUUCACCAAAAUGGCCAGACCACAACAACGGUAUCGAGGCGUCCGACAGCGCCACUGGGGAUCCUGGGUUUCCGAAAUUCGCCACCCAUUAUUGAAGACCAGAAUCUGGCUGGGCACGUUCGAGACGGCGGAGGACGCGGCUCGAGCUUACGACGAAGCGGCUCGGCUGAUGUGCGGGCCAAGGACGAGGACCAACUUCCCGUACAACCCAAAUGUGCCUCAGUCUGCUUCCUCCAAACUCCUGUCGGCCAAUCUCACCGCCAAGCUGCACAGGUCCUACAUGGCCUCGCUCCAAAUGACCAAACAAGCUUCCCUUCAGCAGCAGCAGCAGCAGCAGCAAGCUUCGAAGCCGCCAGCAGCUACUUAUGCAAAUGCCAGGGUGAAAACAGAGUCGAAUUGGGUGGGUGUGAAUUGUAAGAAUGUUCAAGUGGAGAGCAACCAGCAGCUGUUCAAGCCAUUGGAGGAUCAUCAAAUUGAGCAAAUGAUCGAGGAGCUGCUGCAUUAUGGGUCGAUUGAGCUCUGUUCUUCCGCUUCACCUCAGCCUUUCUAAAGUUCAGUUGCCCUGCCCUGCCUCUAAAGCUCGAGUCUUUAAUUAGCCAGCCAUGUGUGGCAGUGGUUUCUAACACUACCCAUUUGGCCAUUGGUCUGAUCUUUAACCCCAUUCUUCAUGGUCCUUCUCCUUACAGAAGAAGUUCCCCAUCUCUCUAUUUUAUCUCUGUUCCUAGCUACUACUUAGCCAUACAGACCUCUUCUGGGUCCUCUCUAGAAAAAGUGUCUACUUAGUAACCUCAUUCAUGUACAGUAGGUCAUAUCAUAUCAAUGUUGCUGCUGCUUAUCAUAAUUUGAACAUUUCCCCCCGCCUUAUGCUAAUGUCAUCACAAGUUAUGUUUCCAAGGUGUGGCCGACCAUCUCUUUCAUUUUCUUCUGACUGGUUUUGGUAGCGAGAGAUUUGGUGUUCGAAUCGAGAAGAUAACUAAUGCCGCAGAUAAAGGCAAUGAGUGCGGGGGCGGUAUGAUGUCCAUUGGUGGGCGGUUCGGG